AUGCCGUCCAGCAACCGCUCCGGCGGCUCAGCUUGGACGACGCCUGCGUGGAACUGGAGCCGGGACCCGCUCGGGAAGGUAGAAGGCUCCAGGGGCAGCGUGGAGACGGCGUGGCCAGGGAACAAAACCAACGGAAGCAGAGACCCCUACGGACGGGACGAAGAGCUAGCCAAGCUGGAAAUCGCCGUGCUGGCUCUGACCUUCGCCUUAGCUGUGCUGGGCAACUUUUUCGUGCUACUAGCGCUGCACCACACGCCGCGCAAAAAGGCAUCCCGCAUGCAUCUUUUCAUCCGGCAUCUGAGCUUGGCCGACCUGGCGGUAGCUUUCUUCCAAAUCUUGCCCCAACUUUGCUGGGAAGUCACGCACCGCUUCCACGGGCCCGACGGACUCUGCCGCGUGGUGAAACACCUGCAGGUCUUCGGCAUGUUCGCCUCGGCCUACAUGUUGGUGGUGAUGACGGCCGACCGGUACAUCGCCGUGUGCCACCCGCUCAAGAGGCUGCAGCAGCCGAGCAAGCGCUCGCACUGCAUGAUCGCGGCCGCCUGGGCGCUCAGCUUCUUGCUCAGCGCGCCCCAGUACUUCAUCUUCUCCCUCAGCGAAGUGGAGAGCGGCUCGCAGGUCUAUGACUGCUGGGCGCAGUUCAUCAAGCCGUGGGGGGCUCGCGCCUACAUCAGUUGGAUAACCGGCAGUAUCUUCGUGGCGCCCGUCCUCAUCCUGGUCACCUGCUACGGCUUCAUCUGUUACCACAUCUGGAGCAACGUCCGGGAGAAGACGCGGCGGCAGAAGACCGAGAAGGCUCCGCCACACGAAGGCGCCCUGCGCAAGGGGCUGCUCUUCACGCCUCAUGUCAGCAGCGUCAAAAGCAUCUCCCGCGCCAAAAUCCGCACCAUCAAGAUGACCUUCGUGAUCAUUUCGGCUUAUAUUGUGUGUUGGGCCCCUUUCUUCUCUGUACAGAUGCGUUCCGUCUGGGACGACCACGCUUCCUGGCAGGAUUCAGAGGAUGUUGCAGUUACAGUGACUGCCCUUUUGGCCUGCUUGAACAGUUGUUGCAAUCCAUGGAUCUACAUGUUUUUCAGUGGGCAUCUCCUACAAGACUUCAUGCAGAGUUUCUUGUGUUGUCGAAAAAUCAAACAAAGAUUGAAUAAAGAAGAUACUGAGAGCAUUAGCAGGAGACAGACUUCUUUCACUAAUAAUAUAAGUCCAACAAACAGUUUGGAUACAUGGAGAGAAUCAUCAAAUUUAUCAUAA